AUGUUCUUUUCCACCACAACUGAUACCACCACCAGCAAGAACGACGGCAACAACAAUGACAAUGACGCCGGCAACAACAUGGACACCAAAGACAAGACUGAAGAUACGACUGCAAACGUCAAAGAGGAGCUCCAGCGUGUUCCGAGUGGUACGAUGAAGAAUUGCCAUGUCGACUUUGACUUGAUGGACGACCUUCUCGACAUAACUGACAAAGACACUGAGUACCGCCGUGCCUGGGUAGCCAUUCGAGAGAGCGAGGAUUCGUCUGUUUGCAGCGAGGAUUCCAUGGACCUGAUCCCCGAUGACAACAGUGUGGACUAUCUCACGGCAGCCGUCUCGGAGGUUGUCUCGAACUUUAUUCACAAGGUUGUUUUGUGUGGAUGCUGGACCGAAGAAACUCCCAAGGAGGUUGUCAUUGUCCAUGACGUAGUAGCGUAAUAUAUUAGGGGAGGGUUUUGUGAACGCCUCUUGUGUAGUGUAGAAUACCGUGUAUCGGUACUAGAAUCCUCCCUCUUAUACAUAGACACCACACUGUGUGGCUUCUGCUACUGCCAAGGAAGCAAAUCAAGUGAAGCAUCUCUGCUCUCUGGCUGUUUAACGGGCUUCUGCGAGUAGGAACACUGCCGUAUCAACGGUGACGGCAGAUGGUGGCCAUGAUAUCAUUCUCGUUGGAACAGCCAGUUUUAGUACAUGUACCUCAGCAGCAUAGACGUCGCCUCCGUGCUCUCCAUAGAAUACCGGACCGGACCCUCCCUCGGCACCGGGUUCAUCAUGUACCGGUACUGUACCACAGGUACAGUGCCGGUACCAUCGGCAUUCGGCAUCCGGGCGAGACUUUUGAACCUACAUCGUACCAGGUCAAGCAACCUGACUACGGUAGCUACCGGUACC